CCCAGGUGGCUCUAAUGCUGUUGCUCUUGUUGCUCUUGUGAGGGAAACUUCACCUGCUACUGCCUAAAUUGUGUGGACGAAGGUUGUUUUGGAUAACUGUGUCAGCAAUGUAAGCCUGUGGUGGUGGCAGUUGUAAACAGCUAUGUAUUUUUAGUAGCUACAAGCAUUGCAUGAUGAGCAGUGACGCAUCAUCACCAUGCAUAAUGGCAGAAUUAGACCUGUGCUCUGCCAGUGCAUGUCCAGUACACUCAGCCAACUCGACCCUUUAAUUUCAACCCUAUCUAAGUAAGUAAUUUUAAGAUUUUCAUAUUUAAUAUUCACAUUAAAAUACGUUUGACUGUGUAGCCUACUCCUAUCGAUAUAUUUUGAAUGACUUUCUGUAUGCCUACUGGACUUAAUCCAAGGAAUGGAUUAUUUCGUCACUUGGCAAACUAACAGGCUGACGGCAAAAAAUAACUCAAGGACUUUGGAAGCGAACUUCGUCCCUGCCCAAACUUGCAGCAAACCAAACAUUCUUAAAACCAAGCAUUCAGCUGUUCUACCGGGGUGUUCAGUUGUUUGAUGACUUUUGUAGGUGCUUCACUCUUUCGUAGGCUAUACUCUUUUAAAUUGAUAUUAAACGUUAGCAUAGGUUUACUAGAGGAGUUUCAUGGUUGAAACAGGCAGCACUUCUCUCCGGCAACGCAUUUGCCAUAUUGGACACAGACAAUUUUAUCAUUGCACACUCUCUCUCAAGAGGGAGAAAAAACACUAUUAUAGUGCAUCGACUUCAGAACUCAUCACUUCAGGCAGUUUCAUUUUCGCCUUCAUGGAUGGUGAGCGCAAAUCUGACAUGAAGGAUAUUUCUGCUGGCUAUAUGUCAAAAUGUAUGGAUCCGUGAGCAAAAUGUUAAUCAAAUGUUUUAUUUAUGAAAUAACGACAUAUUCAUUUUCAAAAACGAACAUGUGGGGCUACAAACGUCUGACAAUUAGCAGUUCAAUUACGCAAUUGGCCAAUACUGCUAUUUUUUAGGCUCAGUCUAAUUAAUGGACAAAUGGUUUUGUUAAAACUGGAAUAGGCCUAUGACUUUACAUUCUUAUUAAUGUAGCCUACUUGAUAAAUAAACAUUUUUUCAACUCUGACGGUCUAUCAGCGUAAACGCGUUUUUUUUUUGGACUAUGGAGAUUCCAGUUGGAUUAGGGAGGAGUUUGUGACUCCCCAAACAUAGUUUUUCGCGGACCUUUCCAAAACGUUUCCCACAACGUGCAAGCUACACUGCAUAGUAACACUACCGUCACCGAAAGCUUGGAGUUUUCUAGUUCGUACAGUUUCAUGCAGAAUAAACACCCCUGGGAGAUGCGCCAAAUUAACCGGCAAUCACCCCAAAAAGAAAUAUCGUCAGGGACGGCUCGCAAUUCUGACAUUGAAGUGAGGGAAGAUGACAGCAUUAGUUUUUCCAGAACACUCGAAUCGGAUGCAAAUCGUAUCCAUUUUGCCAAAAGCUCAACAGGAAACAAAACCAGGUUUUCCUCUGUGAACGUAUCAGAUAAUCCAAACGCGAAUGGAUACGGAUCCUGUCGCUCUGGACCGCAAGCCUGCAACACUGAACCAAAGUGCUGUCAACCAGCUGUGCCCCAUCACGGAGAGCAGUUAAGUCCUAACAGUGACGCCCGUGUGGCGAACAUUUGUUCCAAUUCAGCCUGCACCACAAUCUCAGAAACGGCGAGGGAGCUCUGCAACGCUGUCUCUGUGUCGCUGGGAUUGACCAUGGACUCGAAUGAGAUGAGUGACCUGGGAUCUAAUUACGCACCAUCCAGCGCAAAUGACCAAAAUCAAGGCAACUAUUUGUUUCAGGUGCCUCUAUUGAAUUGUUCUGGAGCUGAAGAAAAUAUCUCCAUAACAGAAUACAAAUACGCUAGUGAGCGCAAUGCCAGGCCACUACAAAGUGAUAAACAACGAGUUGACAUGUUUAAAAGUUCCCCAGCAAACGACCUUACAGAAGAAGUGGCAACCAUGGAGCACCUUAGCUCCAGACAUCCAUCCACAUAUGAACAGGAAUUUAGACUGAAUGAAAAGAGUGAUGACCCGACUUCAAAAGAAACAGAUAAUUAUCUGAAUACAAGAGCGCGCUCUGCAUCUUGUCAUUUUGACCAACUGUUGCCAGCACACUUGGCACACUUCAGUCAAACCGACCCAGACAGAAUCUCGUCUCGUGUGAUCCCAGCACAUGUCGGUGAAACUGGAGAGACUAUGGAGGACAAAUAUGCUGACUAUUUACAACAACAGUACAGUGUCAAGAUAAAAUAUGAGGCCAUUAGUAAUGAACCUGACGGAACGUCAUGGGGCUAUCAGUACAACAGGUAUAAUGACAAUGACAACACACAAUAUGGACCAAGGCAGGGUAUGAAUCCAUACAGUGCGGGACCAGACACUGCGUUCAUUUGUAACCCUUAUGAAUAUGAGAGGGGUGGUGGUCUCGUGCGCAGAGAGCGGCCAACUCCUGAGCAGUGGUACCCGGGCGGGAUGCUAGGGAGGAUGCCCUAUCCCAACUCCCCGUACUUAAAGAAUGAGGUCGGUGACUGGCUGGAUGUCUCUUACACAGAUGCCAGCCUAACUAGCUCCACCUGCCCUGCUCUGCUCUUG